UCUCCAUCGAACGAACGCUUUACACUUUCGAAAAGGUUUGGUCUUUCAUCGGACUGGGGACCGACGAGACCUGCAACUAGGUCACCAUGACAGACAACCCGACGAUAACGUAUGGCGUCAAAGAUGGGGAAACCGUGUAUCUCGUGAACCAGAGCACCAACACUUGCUUGGCUGUCACGAGCGGAUCAAGCCCUGAUGACGCCGUGGUCGGCAUGGCCCCGUAUGAUGGGAGCCAGGGACAGCAGUGGACUAGGUCUGGGGACCAGUGGCUAUGGGGAGGAAACUCCUCAUACUGUCUGGAGCCGAUUUCUGGCACAAACAACGUAGGUCUAGGGAACACUAGCAAUUCAUCAGCUUCCUGGGUCUAUGAUGAGUCUGAGAGAAUAGUGUUGGGGUCAGAUGCUCUGGAUGUACCAUGGACAGAGCCGAGGACACAAGUCAUACUGUAUCCUAUGCAUGAUGGCCUUCACCAGAAAUGGUGGUUUGAGUCUCUGGAAACCAAAGAACCAGAAUAUCUCAUCAGUCAGAGUACCACUACGUGCCUCGCAGUACGCAGUGGUUCCGUGCCAAGUGAUGCUGAAGUUGGACUCCUGAAUUGUAGUGGAAGCAAGGAAGAGGGCUGGUUCCCCUUCGGCGGCUUUGGGUGCAGAUUACAGCACUCGGGAUAUCCAAGAACAAAAGUUUGGUUGUAUUCUCCCUACGAUGGACCCAACCAAAAGUGGUGGAAAUUCUCCGACUUGAAAACAAUUCCAGAAGGAGCUCCACCGGCAGUCUACCCAUUCCCUGGUAGUGAUGAAACAACAUACAAGCAGGAAAUAGCUAGAGGAAUCAUAAAUGAUAUGAGUUCAAAGUCUGAUCCUCUUCCAUACCCUCGAGAUGUGGCUACCUUUCCUGGAACAGUUGAUGCUAGCACACCAAGAGUUACAAAGAAGGUGACUCUAGAUCUGUCUGUACUUGGACAAGACAGAGAUUUCCGAAUGAGAGUUCCCUGGGACUGGCAGCUCACGGACCUGUACCUAGCGGGAGACGUGUGUCAGGUUAUUCUGCUGAAACUUUAUCAGAGGCACAAGCACUGCAGAUCACUGUUCGCAUUGGUGCACAAACUGACUGGAUUCAACCAAAGUCUUCUAAUGUCAUCAAUUUGCAUUACAGACGCAUGCCCAUAG